GGACGCUGAGGGACCGCGCGGGCUGGAUUCCUGCCUCCGCCCUGAGCGGCUUGGCUCUGUCCCUCGACGGUCGCUUCUUCCCCGCGCUGGUCGUCCUGGCUCCCCGGCACGCACAAGGUCGAGUCCCCCGAGACUGCGUCUGGACAGGACCCGCUGCGGUGGCUGCUCCGCGCGAGGUCGCGCGGGAGGGUUGGGAGGCUGCGGGCCGGGCUGCGCGCGGGGCGUGGGUCGGCCUCCAUCUAGCCGGGGCGGAGCCCGAAGCCAGCUGCUAGAGACUGGAGACCCAGGCGCUCUCAGCCAUGAGCUGGGGGUCCCCGGCGCUCUCAGUCAUGGGCUGGGUGUCCCGGAGAGCUCGGGGGUCGCUGGUGCUGGUGCUGCCGCUGCUCCUGCUGCUAUCGCCUUGGCCGGUACCAAAUGCCUUGGCGCUUCCAGGAAACACCUGUGGAGAGCCUGUUACCCCCCAGUGGGUCUUGGAUGGACAACCCUGGCACAAAGUUACCCUGGAAGAGCCGAUCUUGAAACUCAACUCAGGGCUGGUGGUCUUGGAGGCUGAAGGCCAGGAACUCCUGCUUGAGCUGGAGAAGAACCACAGGCUGUUGGCCCCCGGAUACACAGAAACCCACUACAGCCCAGAUGGGCAGCCAGUGGUGCUGGUCCCCAGCCACAUGGAUCAUUGUCACUACCAUGGGCGUGUGAGAGGCUUCCCUCACUCCUGGGUAGUCCUCAGCACCUGCUCUGGGAUGAGUGGCCUGAUCAGGCUCAGCAGCAAUGCCAGCUACUAUCUGCAUCCUUGGCCACCUGGGGAUUCUGAGGACCUCUCAACCCACAAGAUCUUCCGUGUGGAUCAACCGCUCACUUGGAAAGGGGCCUGUGGCUACAGGGAACUCAAGGACAAACUAGAAAUGGCUAGCCUUCUUCCUGCCCCCCAGAGCAGGGAGAGGCGAGAGUACCGCAGGAAUCCGAGGUACCUGGAGCUGUACAUAGUGGCUGAUCACACCCUGUUCUUGAUCCAGCACCGGAACUUGAACCACACCAAACAGCGUCUACUGCAGGUCGCCAGUUAUGUGGACCAGAUUCUCAGGACUCUGGACCUUCGGGUGGUGCUGACAGGCCUGGAAGUGUGGACUGAGCAGGACCACAGCCCCAUCACGCCAGACGCAAACGCCACGCUCUGGGCCUUCCUGCAGUGGCGCCGGGGGUUGUGGACUCGGCGGCCCCACGACUCCACGCAGUUGCUCACGGGCCGUACCUUCCAGGGUACCACUGUGGGCCUGGCGCCCGUCAAGGGCAUGUGCUGCGUCGAAAGUUCUGGAGGCGUGAGCACAGACCACUCGGAGCUCCCCAUUGGCCCUGCGGCCACCAUGGCCCACGAGAUAGGCCACAGCCUCGGCCUCAGCCAUGACGCGGACGGUUGCUGCGUGGAGGCCUCGGCGGACGAGGGCGGCUGCGUGAUGGCAGCGGCCACUGGGCAUCCGUUCCCGCAUGUGUUCAGCUCCUGCAGCCGCCGCCAGUUGCGCGCCUUCUUCCGAAAGGGAGGUGGCUCGUGCCUCUCGGAUGCCCCGGAUCCCAGGCUCCUGAUGCCGUCGGCGCGCUGCGGGAACGGUUUCGUGGAGGCAGGCGAAGAGUGCGACUGUGGCUCCAGCCAGGAGUGCCCUGACCCCUGCUGCAUCGCGCAUAACUGUUCGCUGCGUGCAGGGACCCAGUGUGCCCACGGUGACUGUUGCGCGCGCUGCCUGCUGAAGCCAGCAGGCACGCCGUGCCGCCCGGCUGCGGGCCACUGUGACCUCCCGGAAUUCUGCACGGGCACCUCCCCACACUGUCCCCCGGACAUUUACCUACUGGAUGGCUCGCCCUGCGCCAAUGGCAGAGGCUACUGCCAGGACGGCGCAUGUCCCACGCUGGAGCAGCAGUGCCAGCAGCUCUGGGGGCCUGGGUCCCACCCAGCCCCAGAGGCCUGUUUCCAGGUGGUGAACUCUGCAGGAGAUGCCCAUGGGAACUGUGGCCAGGACAGCGAGGGCCGUUUCCUGCCUUGUGCACAGAAGGAUGCUCAGUGUGGGAAGCUGCAGUGCCAAGGUGGGGAUCCAAGUCCACGGGUGCCACACAUUGUGCCCAUGGACUCCAUGGUUCCCUUGGAGGGUGGUGAGGUGGCCUGUCGUGGAGCCUUUGCACUUCCAGAAACCCAACUGGACUUACUUGACUUGGGCCUAGUAGAGGCGGGAACCCAGUGUGGACCUAGAAUGGUGUGUCAGGACAGGCACUGCCAGAAUGCUACCUUCCAGGAGCUGGAGGGCUGCCUGAUUGCCUGCCACAACCGAGGGGUUUGCAAUAGCAACCAUAACUGCCACUGUGCUCCUGGCUGGGCCCCACCUUUCUGCGACAAGCCAGGCUUUGGUGGUAGUGUGGACAGCGGCCCUGUGCAGCCUGAAAAGAAGGAUGCCUUCCUGCUAGCCAUGCUCCUCAGCUUUCUACUGCCUCUGCUCCCUGGGGCAGGCCUGGCCUGGUGCUACUACCGGCUCCCAGGAUUCCAUCUCCAGCAAUGCCCCUGGGACUGUAGGAGGAAUCUCCGGUGCAGUUGGCCCAAAGAUGGCCCAUGCAAAGACAACCCCCUGGACAGCGUUUACCCCAUGGAGUUGGGCCCCACAGCCAUUGGAGAGUCCCAGGCCCUAGCAUUCAUCCUCCACCAUUCUCCCAGACCCUGUGAACCCUGCCAGAGCCCAACAGCCACUCUGAGAAGCCUGUAUCCCAUAGCCCUGCCUGAUCCCCAAGCAGGUUCAGUCCAGAAACCAAGAUCCUGUGUCUGGGGAGAGGUGACUCCUAAGAUGAGAAUUAAAGACAAGUGACCACUGACAAUCACUCCAGGAACUUGGACUCCAAGGGCAGAGCCAGAAGGCUUUGAGUGAUUUCCUUCACAUUCUGCAGCCUUUCAGUUUCUUCUGCCAGUUGAGCUCUGCCCCACCUACUCCAGGACCCUAAAGCCUUAUCAGAAGUUACCUCUGCUAUGUUGUUCCCAACCCUGAGAGCUAGGGCAUUCUGGGUACAUCCUCCACCCCAAGAAUUCAUCAGUAAAGGAGUAAAGGUCCUAUAGUCCCCAACCUCUCCCACCAGGGGAGGCUGAGUCACAUUGGACACCCAGAGACCUUUGUCCUGGGAGCCUGGCUGUGUCUCCUGUUUUCCCCAGAUGCAGCUCUGUGGAGGGCAGAGAUUCCUGGAGCCCUGCCUUUCAGAUUUUAAUCCACACUUUCGUCCUGGCCCCUGCCAGCAAAGCAAGCAAACAAACAAGCACAAUCUUUGGGAACUUCUUUCCUAUCGCCUUAUGUCCUAGACAUUUCCUUGGUCCCCAAACCCAUUUCUAGCUCUCCACCAGAAGUUGUGGAGGGGUGGGGUCAAAAGUAAAACAUGCUGUCCUAGGGCCUCUGUAUGUUUUCAAAAGGUGGCAACGAAUAGGUGGAACAUUCAGCAGCCAGUACCCUAGGCACAUAUCUGAGCCUAGGAGUGUGUUGCCCAACUCUUUGGCCUGCCAUUUUCUGCCCCCUUGGAUGUUCUCAUUCUCUUGUUGCUUCACGCAAGAAUUGCUGAGCGACCUUCUAUGUCAGGCAGCUGUUGCUGCAUAACAAAACUACCCCAAAACUGAGGGUCUUAAAACAAUAAGCAGCAAAAUCAGAUUUCAGAGAAGAAUGAAUUGGGAAAAUUUUGUAACUUACCAUUCCUUCAAUUAGAAGCUAAAAAAGUGACAGCCCCAGCUAGUCUAUAGAUCUCUAAUCAAUCCAAUAAAUGGGGUUGUUUUUAUUUUUGAAGAGUUUGACAUAUGCAACUCUGCUGCACUUUGGGGUUUCUGCCAUGCUACAAGUGAAGGCAAGAACCGCUUUGCCUUAAUGAAGGUUGCAUUGCUGCCAGUGGCUUCUCAGAUAAGAAGAGUUGGAGGCAAUGGCUUUGGCAGCAACCUGAGAUGGGGACCUCUUUGUAGGCAUCAGAGGCCUUCACACCCCAGCAGGGGUCUGUAUCAGGGCCUUGGGCGAGCACUAGAAAUAGUGCUUCUGGUGGUGCCAGCACAGUGAACUUUGAUGGGAAUCAUCUUGGAGAAGGGCGGGCUUUUCAGUGAGCCAAAGCAGAAAAUGAGGGAAUGAACAUCUCCCAUGGAGUUGCCAUAUACUUUCAGUGGUACUAUCUCCUGCUAGGACACUGGGGUGUGGGUAGGGUCACUUCAAAAUUCUUGGUGCCUGUAUUAGUUUUCUUUCACUGUGAGACAUCAAAAUUUAGUUUACAACAAUGACAUUAGUUUAUUAUCCCCACAGUUUCUGUGGAUCAGGAAUUCAUGGGUGCCUUAACCAGGUGAUUACGGCUCAGGGUCUCUCAUUGAGGUUGUCGUCAAGAUGUCGGCCUGGGUUGCGCUCAUCUGAAGACUUGACUGGGGUUGGAGGACGCACUUCCAAAUUGGUUCACGCACAUGCUUGGCAAGUUGUCCUGACUCUAGGUGGGGGGCCUCAGUUUCUCCCCACCUAAACCUCUCCACAGGCUGUUUGAGUGUCCUCAUAUCAUGAUGGCUAUUUCCCCCAAAGAAAGUGAUGGGGAAGAGAGAGAGAGAAGUAGAAGUUAUCCUUUGUAGGACCUUAUUUCAGAGGUCACACAGAAGAAUGCCACCACAUUGUGUUCAUUAGACUCGAGUUGUUAAUUCUGUCCUAUAUUAUAGAGGGGAGGAAUUAAACUUCAACUUCUAAGCGCGUGUCAGAGAAUUUGGGAACUUUAAAAAAAAAGCAUCACAGUGCUUUUAGUUCAGUAGCCAGUUGUAACAUGGAUUAUGAAAUCCUUUCCAGCUUCAUUUCUAACCAACUUGCUCAAUUAUCUUCUUUUUAUAAAUUUUUGUUGUUGUAGAUGGACAGAAUGCCUUUAUAGUCCUUAUUUUUAUGCAGUGCUACCAAGUGCUUCACACGUGCUAGGCAAGCCACUGCACUACUUCCCCAGCCCCUCUUCUUUUUUUUUUUUUAAUUAAAGGAAUUUUAUUCUCUAGAAAUGAUAGCUCUAAAAGAGUGAAUUCAUAUAUUAAAACACAUCGGGCUUAGAGGGCUUUUUAUAACACAAGUUCUGGAAAGGUAAACUACAUUAUCUGGGAUUAUGAAAUUAUUUUCAGAACGGUUCAUUAGGUUUUCCAUCAUAACUGCCUGAUAAACAGGUAGCAUUUUACUAAUGAUUGUUAGAAGAGAUGUCAGGUUUAUAAUUAGAGUGGUUGCAGAUGCUUCCCCAAAGAACUUCUUUUAACUAGCAGUUUACCCAAAUCACGGCACAUGAAGCGGGCAUCCCAUCCUAUAAUCCACGAGGUCCAAACCAUUCCACUUUGUGCUGACCACUCCAGUUGUUUUUCUAACCCACACGACCGAGACACAAACUUACAGAUUCUAAUGAUCAGUUUGGAAACUGGCUUUUUAUCAUGAAGUAGGCAAAAGUACAAUUUAUGAAAAAAACAGAAAUCCAAGCAAUGUGUGCACAGAAUUUCACAUAAUUGGAGAAAAGAAAGGUCCCUGAGUUCAAGUUGUCUAGGUAUCAUUAGGAAGGUGCGUGAUAAAAAGCAAAACAAAACAAAAACUCCUAACGAUACAAUCAAGGAUAGUUUGUUCACAAUAUCAAAUGACAUUUGUCCUUAAAGGAAACAAACCCACCAUGGUAACUAGAAAUAAUGACAAAAAUUAUGGGGCAGGAAUAAACAUCUCUUUCUUUUUUAAGAAAUUUUUUUUAGUUGUUGAUGGAUCUUUAUUAUUUAUAUGUGUUGCUGAGAAUCGAAUGCAUUGCCUCACACAUGCUAGGUCAAGCAUUCUACCACUGAGCUACAACCCGAGCCCACAUGAGCAUCUCUUAAGAGACUUCUCUACCUGUUUUACUGACUUAUCAUUUUUUCAGUUCAUAAAUGAAAAUCAUUCUCCUUUUGGUGGAGCUGUGAUUUGUUUCAGAUUGGAUCACUGCUUCAUACAGUUCAGGGUCCACACUGUCUAAGGAAAAGGGCUUGAAAGGUCAGCCUGCUAUUUACCAGAACUGAAGCCAUCCAGAAGCCCAGGGAGUAACACUGGUAAACCUUAAUACAGGCUGGAAAUCCCUCUCUAAGCUGGCCAGCGGCCUCAAUCUCUCAUCUCUAGGGUCCCCUGAGUACUCAAAGGAUCAUUUUGAAAUCUUGUCUGAUGUCUGAUUUUGGGAGACCAAGGGAUUGAACCCAGGUGCUCUCUACCACUGAGCUGUAUUCCCUGCCCUUUUAAUUUUGAGAAUUAAAAUUUUGAGAGUGAAUUGUUGAGCCUGGCCU